AUGAGUGCGGCAUGGCGGAAGAAAUUACCAAUUACCCAUAAAGCAGAAUGCUUAAAUGUUUAUAAAGGGCUAUUAAAAUGUUGUGAUCAAUUUGUAGAGCCCGAAUACCAAUCCGUUCUUUCAGAAAUAAUACGAACAAGGACCCGGCAUUAUCAGCACGUAACCAAUGCAUAUAAAACCGAAUACCUUUUAAAUAAUGCUAAGAAGUAUCGUGAACGACUUGAACUGGCCAACCGAGGUCAAUUGCCGGCGGAAGAUAUACGACAGGAAAUAAUAAAAAAAUAUAAGUCCUAUUCAUUACCAAAAAAACAAGAAACACCCAUGAAGCGAGAUCAGCCUCUAGCUUUAAAAUUACCAAAACCAAAAAAGUCAAUGUCUAUUCACGAUUAUGUCCGUGAUGGGAAAAUCCUUUAUCAUUUUGUAAUGACGACAGGAGGAGACGCAUUUCUGCGUCCUAAAUAUUGGCCACAAAGUGAGCGUAUAAGUAUGAUAUUGAAAAAUCAUGUCGAGACCAAAGAACGUAGACACCGACUUAUUCAAGCAAUGAACCGUAUGGUCUAUCAUACAUCCUUAGAAGACGAAUUUCUAAAACCAUAUACAAAUGAAGACUUAGGAUUUACACAAUCACUCUUAGAGAAUGUCCACGAAAUUGGAAAAAAGCUUGAACGAUCUUAUCAACAGGGGUCUAAAUCAUGGCACAUCACGAGCCAGUUAUAUAAAAUGAUUGUUAAGGAAUCCGAAAGACAACGACUAGAAAAACAAUAUUUAAAAACCUGGAAAAGUUUAGGAAGGAUAAAGCCAUAUAAAUAA